CAGUUCUUCCCCAAACAACAACAAACAAGUUGUGUUCAUCUCAGUGAGUUUGAGGAGAAGAAGUUGGUUCAAUGGAGAUAGAGUUCAAUUGGGGAACUUUAGUUGUUCUUUGUUUCUCAGGGAUUCUAUGUUUUCUCCUUCACUACUUGUAUGGAUUCCUAUGGCUGAAGCCAGAGAGGAUGAGAGAGAAGCUGAGGAAGCAAGGGAUGAGAGGUCCUCCCCCUUCAUUACUCCUUGGGAACAUCAUUGAGAUGAAGAGGAUCCAAAUGGAGGAGAAGGGUCUUAUAGGGAGCAGUGCUAAUGUCAUGGUUGACUACUCUGUUGCUCUCUUUCCUUACUUCAAGAAGUGGAGGAAUGAGUUCGGUCCACUGUUUAUGUAUUCAACUGGGAGCAUACAGCUAUUAUAUGUGAGUGAUCCUGAUCUUAUUAAAGAGAUAGGCCUUUACAAGCCUCUAGAUAUCGGCAAGCCUGUAUACUUGACUAAAGAAAGGGGAGCACUUUUUGGUAAUGGCAUUUUAACAUCAAACGGGGAGGUUUGGACUCACCAGAGGAAAGUCAUAGCACCGGAGUUCUACGCAGACAAGGUUAAGGGCAUGGUUGAUUUGAUAUUGGAUGCCGCUGUGCCGUUACUGAAAUCAUGGGAGACAAUAGUUGAGAGUGGAGGUGGGAUUGGACUUUUAACUGUGGGUGAGGAUUUGAGGAGUUUUUCGGCUGAUGUAAUCUCAAGAGCUAGUUUCGGCAGCAAUUAUUUGGAAGGCGAAGAAAUGUUUUUAAAACUAAGGCAACUUCAGAAUCUCAUGUCGAAAACAAAUUUAUUUAUCGGAAUUCCCGGUUUAAGGUAUCUGCCGACAAAAGCUAAUAGAGAGAUAUGGAGACUAAACCGAGAAAUACGAAUGUUAAUCUUAAAGUUAGUGAAGGAACGGAGAGAAGGUUCGCAGGCUUCAUCCAAAAAGGAUCUUUUACAAUCGAUCCUUGAUGGCGCCAAAGACAACUUAGUCAGCACCAAAGACCAUGAUAACUUCAUUGUUGACAACUGCAAGAACAUCUUCUUUGCAGGUCAUGAAACAGCUGCAACUUCCGCAUCAUGGUGCUUAAUGUUACUCGCUUGUCAUCCAAAAUGGCAAGCUCAAGCCCGUGCCGAGGUGAUCGAGGUUUGCCAAGGCGAACUGCCUAAUGCUGACAUGCUCCGCAAGAUGAAAACAUUAACGAUGGUGAUUCAAGAAUCGUUGCGUCUAUAUCCACCUACUGCAUUUGUUACAAGGGAGGCCUUUAAAGACAUAAAGCUUGGAAAGCUCAAUAUUCCAAAAGGUAUCACUCUGGUAAUACCGACAUCGAUACUGCACCAUGAACAAGAGAUUUGGGGGCCUGAUGCCGAUGAAUUCAAACCGGAAAGAUUUACGAAUGGAAUCUCUGGUGCUUGCAAAUUCCCACAUGCUUAUAUACCGUUCGGCCUCGGUGCUCGAACAUGUUUAGGCCAGAAUUUAGCCAUGGUUGAAUUGAAGAUCAUUCUUUCUCUCAUUCUGUUGAAAUUCAGUUUCUCUCUUUCUCCAAGCUAUGUUCAUGCUCCUGCUUUCAGAUUGACUAUUGAACCUGAGUUUGGUGUACCACUUUCUGUUAACAAGGUUUGACCUUAUAAUAA